AUGGCUAGUGCAGAUAAUAAAAUCGAAAGAAUGAAGGAACAAUUAAAGGGUAACGAGGUCCUCGUAAAGGCUUGCAAGGGACUAACAGGUGUGUCUGGUCCCCUUGCUCCUGAUGGGUUAGCCGAUCUCCUCACAUCCAGCUGGAGCAAACAGAAACAUGUCAUAUCACAGCUUAAGAUCGAAAUCCAGAAAUUGAAAGAGGGGCGACCAAGUCAGCCAUUGGACAUCACUCCGAUAGGCCAUUUGGAUGAGUUACUGACGGGUCUUGCUCAAUUGAUGGAUAUCGAUACUACCAACACCCAGACCUCAACCAUUGUCGAUAAGAUGGAAGUUUCUUUCAUCGACCUCAAAGACAUGGUCAAGGUCAAAGAUGACAAGAUUCAGGAUCUAGAACACCAACUUCGAAUCAAGUCAAAUAAACACCACAAUGACACGGAGAUCCAGAAUCUUUGUGAUCGUGAAAAGACAAAGACCAAACGCAUCGUUGAACUCCAAAACGAAAUGGAUGAUUUGCAAACAAAGAACCUCGACUUAGCCCUUGACCUACAGGAAGCUCAAGAUAAGCGUCAGACAGCAGAAAAUCGAGUCUUUGAAUUUGAGAAUAAGAUUCGCCAUCUCGAGGAAGACAUCGAGAAGACGACGUCUGAAAUUGAGGAUUUACUGCAGCGUUACGAGGAUGCUGGAGAGGUGGUUUUGGAUCUUCAGAAUAGUCUCGAGGAGGCUAAAACAAACAACGCAUCUCUUGAGAAACAGAUCAAGGAUAUCCAAACCAGAGAGUUUAAGAAAGAUGAAUACAUCUUGACCUUAGAGAAAGAUUUGGCAACUCUCAAUCAGAAGAUGGACUUGGAUUCACCCUCUGAAGAUGACUUCAGGACAUCGAAGGCUAACCAGAAUGCCCUGAAGCUGCAAAAGAAAGCAUUUGACCAAGAACUUAAGAAUAUUCGUUCUAAUGGACAGGAAAGAGAUUACUAUGUCUUGAAGUUGGAGCAGGAUAUUGAAAACAUGCAGAAAGAGAAAGAUGAGCUCUAUCAAGAGAUACAGAACUCGUUUUGGAAAGAACCCAAGAUCAACGAUCUCGAGGAUAAACUGAAUCAAGACAUUGAAGACCUGAAGGAACAGAAGAUAGAACUGGAGCUAAAGUUAAAGGACGCCAUAUCCAGAGCAGAUCAAGAACUAUAUGAAUCGAAUUCAAAGGUUUCUGAAGUACAGGCUCAAAAGAUCGAACUGGGCUCAAAACUCAAGCGUCUUUCUGAUGAGAUAUCACAGCGAGAUACCAAUAUCAAACAACUGAUAGCAGAGAAUCAACAGCUUCUGUCUAACUCUCAGGAAUUGAAGGAAAGCUGUUCAACAAUGAGUCAAGAAAAGGACCGCCUUGAAACUCUUGUCGCCAACUUGACUCAGAGAACGGAUUGCCUUACAACACAACUCGAAACAGCAGCCCAAGAUAUUCAGGACUUGAAGGAGAGAUUCCAAUCUAAGAUUGAUGAGGUGACGAAAACUCGCAAAGAAUUAACGGAGAGAUCAGCUAAAGAAAAGCGUGACGUACUCACUGAACUUUCAGAAGCUCGAAAACAACUGGAGCCUGUCUUCCAUCCCUAA